AUGAAUGAUGAAGCAAGUGUGCACAUUAACAAAAGCUUCCAAUCACUGGUUUGUGAUGUUGGCGGAUUUGAGAACCUUCCUUUUGUCGAGCAUGACGUCAGAAAUUAUACCAGACGACAAAGAAGGGCACUAGGAAAGGAAGGAGACGGCCAAGCAUUGAUGGCACACUUCUCUCACAUGAGACAAAUGAACAACAACUUCUACUUUGAAAUUGACUUCGAUGAUAACAAUAGAAUAUCAAAUGUCUUUUGGGCUGAUGCACGUAGUAGGGCAGCAUGCGAGGAAUUUGGAGAUGUUGUCUCCUUUGACACACCAUAUCUAACCAACAAAUAUGAUAUGCCAUUUGCACCAGUUGUUGGAGUCAAUCACCAUGGUCAGUCUAUAUUAUUAGGAUGCGCGUUGUUGUCAGCUAAAGAUACAUCGACUUUUGUGUGUCUUUUUAAUUGUUGGCGUAGGUGCAUGUCAGAUAAGUCACCUGAUGGCAUUCUAACUGAUCAAUGCAAGGCCAUGCAAAAUGCAAUUGACAUUGUUUUUCCAAAUACUCGUCAUCGCUGGUGCUUAUGGCAUACAAUGAAAAAGAUUCUUGAAAAGUUACAAGGAUAUACUUAUUACAAAACUAUCAAAACCAAGUUGAAGACAUUGGUUUACGAGUCCCUAAAUGUGCACCAAUUUGAGAGCGGGUGGCAACAAUUAAUGAAUGAUCAUGACUUGGAUAACAAUGACUGGUUGGUCACACUAUACGAAGAGAGAAAACGGUGGGUGCCUUGCUAUUUGAAAGGAAUUUUUUGGGCUGGUAUGUCCACUACACAACGCAGUGAGGGACUCAAUGCCUUCUUUGAUAGAUUUAUCAAUUCAACAACAACAUUACAACAGUUUGUAGUACAAUACGAAAAUGUGCUACGACACAAAGCUGAAAAGGAAUGUGAGGCGGACUUUGCUUCUUUGAACACUACAAUCCAUGUGCCACCUAGUCCCUUAUUGAACGACAAUAUUAGCAAGCCUACACACAUUCCAAGUUUGCAGAAAUACAAAUGGAAUUCCGCACGAAGAUGA